AUGAUCGGGCUGCUGAGGAAUGCCUUCCGCAUGGGCGUCAAGUCCGUCCCCAGCCACAAGCCGCCCAUGGCCGCGGACUCACCUGCCGGCCGCUACGCCUCGGCGCUGUUCUCAUCGGCCUCGCAGAAGGAGUCGCUGGAUGUGGUGGGCGAGGACAUCGCACAGCUGCACAAGAUACUGGAACAGUCGCCGGGCAUUCGAGAGUUCCUCAACAACGCCUCGUUCAAAAAGCAGUCCAAGCUGGAGUCUCUGGAGCCGAUCAAGGAGUCUUGCCACGAAUUGACCUGGUCCUUCAUCGUGGCCAUGGCGGAUAACGGACGUCUCGGUGAGCUGCACAAGGCGGCCGAGAAGUAUAGUGAGUUCCUGAAGGUUCUUGGUAAGGAAGAGGAUGUCCGCGUGAUCAGCCACCGCAAUCUGACUGACGAGGAGAAGGCACGCGUCAAGGACUCUCUGGGCAAGCGCGGGGAAGGCGCGCUGACGAUCACCUACGAGGUGGACCCCGCGAUCAUGGGCGGACUGCAGAUCUUCCGCGGCUCUACCUUCAUGGACUGCAGCCUGCGAUCCAGGCUGGAGCGCAUCCAAGGCGAGCUGGCAAAAAAUUGA